AACCGGAUAGGGAUGAAACGAUUCUGAUCAUUACUUAAUCUUCUGAAUAAUCCAGUCUAGUCUAACUCUAACGUACUGCAGCGUUUUUGUCGGUUAAUCUCAGAACGCGCACCUCGAUCCAGAUAGGAGCCAUGGAGUUGUCGGCUUCCGUCGCCUGCCCCACGGCGGCGCAGGCGCGGCUGCUCCGGCCGCCGGCUGAUCUCCGCCGGCUCGGCUUGCCUCGAUAUGUAUCUUGUAGGAGUUUCGCCGUGAGAAGCAAAGUGGUCAAGGCAAUGCCUUCGCUGAGUGUGAGCUUUCAACCCGCAUUUCAUCAGCCAGUUACUCGGGCUACAUGGAAGAAGAAACACAAUGUUACAUGCUAUCAGAGACAAGGAGCUCCACAGAUAGAGGCCAAGUCAAUGGAGGAAGUAUAUGAUGCCUUGGCUGAGCACCUUCUUUCUGCUUUGAAGAGUAUCGACAAUCUUGAUUCAAAAUAUAUUGUUGGUCUGGCUGGCCCACCUGGUGCAGGCAAGUCUACUGUUGCCUCUGAAGUGGUUCGACGCGUCAAUAAGCGUUGGUCUCAGAAGCAUGCAAAAGAUGGUUCACCGAAUUCAGAUGAAGAUAUUGCGACAAUGCUUCCCAUGGAUGGUUUCCACCUUUAUCGAUCCCAGCUUGAUGCAAUGGAGGAUCCAAAAGAAGCACAUGCAAGAAGAGGAGCACCAUGGACAUUCAAUCCAUCACUUUUUCUGAAAUGCCUACAAAUCCUAAAGGAAGAGGGGUCAGUUUACGCUCCAUCAUUCGAUCAUGGUGUUGGUGACCCAGUUGAGAAUGACAUAUUUGUAAAACCGCAGCACAAAAUAGUGAUCGUCGAAGGGAAUUAUUUAUUACUGGAAGAAGAUGUUUGGAGGGAAAUUAGAAACAUGUUCGAUGAGAAAUGGUUCAUUGACAUUGACAUUGAUGUCUCGAUGCAAAGAGUGCUCCAGAGACAUAUUGGCACAGGGAAAGAGCCAGAUGUAGCAGCAUGGCGGAUUUCAUACAACGACCGGCCGAAUGCUGAGCUUAUCUUGGAGUCAAAAAGGGCUGCAGAUCUUGUAAUCAGAUCGGUGGACUACUUAAGCUAGAUCCCAUGUUUCUGAUGGCAAUUUUGAUUUUUAGUAAUAAUAGGGUCCCGAUGGCGAUGUUUGUACAUAGAAGAAGUCAGCUGGCCGAUACUAUCUAUGGUGAUUUAGCGCAUAGAAUAAGCCAUAUUGCCCCAUCAAUUUGUUCUCCAGGAAUAACUCAAUAAACGACACUCUUCAAGUAUCUAAUCAUUAUAUCAUUUUAUUUUAA